UUACUCAACGACGCUGAGAAAAUCCUCUUAGGAGUAUUUUUUUCCACUUGUAUAUGUGCUGUUGCAAUAAAAAUCCCCCUCGAGUGGCUCCCAUCGGAGUUUCAACAGAGAGUGGGUGAAAAAAAGAAAAAAAAGACCAGGGAGAAGCGGAAAAUCGGUGGGUAAAAAUUUUGCUGGCAAAUGUGUACGGAAUUGUGGCUCGAGGUCGUGAUUCGCGCAGUGAAGGUGCAUAAUAAAAUGUGAAAUGCUGCAAGAACAGCAUUGGAGAGUGAGAAAUGCAAUUUGCACCGAAAAUUAUAUAAUCAGAACAAGCACGAUUCUCACGUUCUCCACCCCAACACUUAAUCACGUCAGGAGUAUCAUGAGGAAAUCGCUUAUAAAUUUGCCACGAGCUUCUCCGAGUUCUGGAGGACUUCCUUGUUGCACGGCGUGUGCAGUGAAAGGAAAUGGAUUAAUAGAUGAAGCGGAGUUUCUUCAGUGGAUCGCUCGCAUUCAGGCCAUCAAAGAUGAAUCCGCGUCGAGUAGCAGCAGUGCGAGCAGCAACCAGCCAGUGAGUGAAGAGGAUGAUAUCACGCAGGAUCUGAUUGCUGCUUUUCGGGUGUUUGAUCGCGAUGGAAAUGGCUUCAUCACGAGAGAUGAGCUGCAAACAGCCAUGGAUAUGAUUGGGGAGACCGUCACUGAGGCCCAACUCACGGAAAUGCUGGCCCUGGCGGACUUAGAUAAAGACGGCCGAAUCAACUAUGAAGAAUUUAUCAGGCUACUCCUGUAGAUUGGACAGAUCGAAGAUAGAGAAUUGGUUGGAAGAGCCUGAGGGGCUUGCAGAGCACAAAAACCAAAGAUCUGAAGGAGAGUCAGAGUUCAAAGGCUGUUUUUACUUGUUAAAGAGAAGAAAAAAAAAGAAAAUUGUUUAGAGAAAUCGUGAUUUAAGGAUUCUUUAUAAUAUCAAUACUAUUAUUUACAAAAAUCAUUAGGACGAUAAGUGGGAGGGCUAAAAUCACCUUCUUUUUAAGAUGAACUUUAAUUUCAACCUUUCUUCUGAAUCCAGCAAUAAUUCAGAAUCAAUUUACAUAACAUCCUUCUUUAAGGAGAGGAAACUAAGGAUGCUAGAGGUGCGAAAGGAAUGAAAACAUAGUGAGGAAUUUGUGGCCUUUUUCUGCAAGAAUGGACAGAGGUUUAAAAGAAAAAGAAAAAAAAACAGAGAGACGCUCCAGUAGUGCGCAAGAUUAGUUGACUUUUUACUGCGUUCGAAAUUUAGUGUUAACAAAAAGUUGAAUAUUUUAAAGAUUUAUGCAAUGAAAAAACCACCCAUGAAGGUGUGAUGUAUUAAUGCAAAAAAAAGCUAAGAAUUUGUUGUAAAUAUAUAUUUAAUAAUAAACUGAGAGAAAUGUUUAGUCUCUUAUCGCUUCA